AUGCCUGAACAGAGCAAUGACUACCGGGUGGUGGUGUUUGGGGCGGGCGGCGUGGGCAAGAGCUCGCUAGUGCUGCGCUUCGUCAAGGGCACGUUCCGGGACACCUACAUCCCCACCAUCGAGGACACCUACCGGCAGGUCAUCAGCUGCGACAAGAGCGUGUGCACGCUGCAGAUCACCGACACCACGGGCAGCCACCAGUUCCCGGCCAUGCAGCGGCUGUCCAUCUCCAAGGGCCACGCCUUCAUCCUGGUCUUCUCGGUCACCAGCAAGCAGUCGCUGGAGGAGCUGGGCCCCAUCUACAAGCUCAUCGUGCAGAUCAAGGGCAGCGUGGAGGACAUCCCCGUCAUGCUGGUGGGCAACAAGUGCGACGAGACCCAGCGGGAGGUGGACACCCGCGAGGCCCAGGCCGUGGCCCGGGAGUGGAAGUGCGCCUUCAUGGAGACGUCGGCCAAGAUGAACUACAACGUCAAGGAGCUCUUCCAGGAGCUGCUCACGCUGGAGACACGCCGGAACAUGAGCCUGAACAUCGAUGGCAAGCGCUCCAGCAAACAGAAGAGGACAGACCGCAUCAAGGGCAAAUGCGUCCUCAUGUGAGCCCGGAGCGCCCACCGCCGGCGCCCGACUGUCCUGGCCCCAGGCCUCUCCCCACGUCCUGUGCCCCCGG